CGCGUCCCACAUUCUCUCGCCUCAUUCACCCGCGGAAUAUCCCACACAACACAACACACGCCGCAAGAGAGAGAGAGAGAUGGAAGAGGAAGGGGUGGUGAUGCCGCCGCCAGUCGUGGUGGUGGUGGAGGAGGAGGUUGUGCAGCCGCCGCCGAUGCUGGAGGAGGAGGAGGACUGGGUGACGGUGACGCUGGGGCACGCGGAGCAGUGCAGGCACCUCGUCGCCGCCGGGGUGGAAAAUGUCAUCGCCUGCUCCCAGGCCGCCCGCGUGACGCUCCUCGAGGUCGCGGCGGUGCUGCGAGACGACCCCAUCGACGCAGCGGAGACCAUCUACACCGACUUGCUCGAGGCCGUGUCCCGCGGCAUGGAUUCGCUCCUCCUCGGGCCCGCCGCGCAGAUCGUCGACAGCCUCUUCAACUGGCCCGGGCCGCUCGCGGGCGCCAUCGACGUCGCUACGGUCCUCCUACCCGACGCGGAGCCACUCGAAAAGGUCCGUCGCGAACUCCAGCUCCUCGUCGAUGUCGUCCACGCCGAGGCCGGGCACUUCUUCACGUUCUACACCGACAAUCUCGGUCUCGCUGCCCUCCCCGGCGGCGAAGGCGCGUACAAUCUCUGGGUCUUGGACCACCUCCACGCCGACGACCUGGCAAGGGAGGCGCUGCAGGCGCUGAACGUCGCCGUUGAGAGGAGCCUUGCGGCUGACCUCGACGUCCGUUUCUGCGGGAUCAUGCCCGCGUCGCGGGUGCGACCCGGGGCCGGGCCGCUCUUGCCGUUGGCGGUGCAGAGGCUGAACCAGACCGUCACCGCGGUCGACGACGCGCUGACGGCGCUGGACGACAUGCGAGACACCUUGGUGGAGCUGGAGCAGUCCGCGCUCAACGUCAUCGGCCAGGAUCCUCCGCCUCCAUGAUCGACUGGACCAGGCGCGAUGCGGGCUCGUCGCUUCCGUCGACACGAGGACGCUGAUCCCGCAACGCGCCAAGCUCUUCAUCCCCCGAGUCCGAGGCUCCGAGCGCAUCCGCAAGCUACGUACGCGCCUAGUUAGGUAGAUCAACACCAACUCCAGUAGUAAGUGUCUCGGUUCGAUCUCUCGUCUAGCUUGUUCGUCCCCUGCAGGUUUUGUUGGAUCGAUGUUACCUGCUUUUCCAGUUCUGA